GAAUGUCAAUGGCGGAUCUGCCACUGGUUACACCACCGAAGAAGACACUUCAACUCAACUGAAACUGAAAAUGUCAGAAACAGAUUUCAAAGUGGUGCUAGAGACUUUCACAUUCCCUGCUGAUUCAGUUCCAUUCAAAAGUUGCCAUGCCUCUACUAUCGUUGAGGUUGUGAAAGAUCACUUCUUGGCUGCAUAUUUCGGAGGCUCGUAUGAAGGAGCACCUGAUGUCAAAAUCUGGUUGCAGCAUUUCAAGGAUGGUCAAUGGCAAUCACCGGUUGUUGUAGAUGAACAGCCAGGUGUGCCAAUGUAUAACCCUGUCUUGUUCAAGCUUCCAUCUCAAGAGCUCUUAUUGUUCUACAAAAUCGGCCAGGAGGUUCAAAAAUGGAGCGGUUGCAUGAAACGGUCGUAUGAUAAAGGUAGGACAUGGACUCACAGAGAACAGCUUCCUCCUGGUAUUCUCGGACCCAUUAAAAACAAGCCUAUUCUGCUGGAAGACGGAAGACUCCUUUGUGGAUCAUCCGUUGAAAGUUGGAAUUCUUGGGGAGCGUGGAUGGAGGUCACUUCAGACGCAGGGAGGUCAUGGAAGAAGAAAGGACCCAUAUACAUUCAAGGGAAGAGCCUUAGCGUGAUCCAACCGGUUCCAUACCAAACCGCAGCUGGGAAAUUAAGGGUUUUACUCAGAUCGUUCACCGGCAUUGACAGAGUCUGCAUCUCAGAAUCUUCUGAUGGCGGUGAGAACUGGAGUUUUGCAACACCAACGGUUCUCCCAAACCCGAAUUCAGGUAUUGAUGGAGUCAAGCUUGAGGAUGGUAGGCUAGUGCUUGCUUACAACACAGACUCGAGAGGUGUGCUCAAAGUAGGAGUUUCUUUAGACGACGGUGAUUCUUGGACCGAUGUUUUGACGUUGGAGGAGUUUCCGGGAAUGGAGUUCUCGUACCCGGCGGUUAUACAAGCCGGAGACGGGAAUGUCCACGUCACCUAUACUUAUAACAGGACACAGAUUAAGCAUGUUGUGCUCAGGACUGCGACAGCUAUCGAUUCGAAGCCAUACCUGGAAUACGGCGAAGACGUGGAAGACACGUGGAUUUGGGUUUGAAUGAACCAAACAUUAAAUUUAUUAGCAAUUUGGAUCGAGUUUGUGUAUGAAUAUGUGGAUUGUGGAGUGUGACAUUCUUAUUGAAGAACAAAGAUUGUUUCUCUUUCUUGUCUUGUAAGUUAUGGAGUAAUUGAUCGAUUCUUGAGUUUGUACAUCUGCUACCAGUUGUCUAGUUGAUGAAUAAUUGAAUAUUAUUGAGAAAAUAUUUUUUUUUCUUCUGAAAUCA